ACAAAACCGCAGGACCUACAUUCAGCUCGCUAGAUGGCGUCAGUCCGUUUUCACAGCACUUUACACAUUUCACCGCUGAAGUUUCGAGCAGCAGGAAACGUUAUCUGUGUUGUGAAGCGGCUGAUGAGGAAAGCAUGGCCCUUAACGCAGAUGAUGAGGACUUUGAAUGGGAGCCUCCCUCCGAGGCGGAGAUGAAGGUGAUUCAGGCUCGACGGGAGCGUCAGGACAACAUCAGCAAGCUGAUGGGAGACUAUCUGCUGAAGGGAUAUAAGAUGCUGGGGGAUUGCUGUGAGCUGUGUGGGACAAUUCUGCUGCAAGAUAAGCAGAAGAAAUAUUACUGUGUUGCUUGUCAAGAGCUGGACUCCGAUAUUGACAAGGACAACCCAGCUUUAAAUGCCCAGGCAGCGUUGUCACAGGUACGAGAGCGUCAGCUUGCAGCUCAGUCUCUCCCUGAAUCUAACGGAGCCUCAUCCAGCGAACCCCCUCUCUCCAUCACGGGCCAGCCCCGGCCAGAGCACUGCGAGGGGGCCGCGUCUGGCCUGAGAGGUCCCCCUCCCACCAUACAGUCCACUCCUCUUUCUGUCCCAACCGCCAGCUCCAACUUCCUGCCACCAGCCAACCCUCCUGUCCAGACUACACCUCCUAUAGGGCCCUUGGGCAACCCCCUCCAACACGCAGCCUUGUCAAGCGCAGAGGAGGCAGUGCUACACAAACUCAGAUGGGCCACGCAGGAGCUCCAGCACUCUGCGUCAGUGGAAGCCAGUAUCCAGCUCUGCAAUCUGAUCCGAGGCUGUGCCGAAUCCCUGCGUAGCUUGAAAGAGCUGCAGCUCUCAUAAGACUGAACUACAGACAGGGCUGUAACAGCACACACACAUAAGGAAAUAUGAGCAGCACUAAUAUAUAUAUAUAGUAACAUACUCAAUGGAGCGUUUCAGUUGUGUUUGUUCUAAAGCAGCUGAGUAUGUGACUGUCGUGUGUUGAAAUACAUUGCUUGAGCUGCAAA